CUUCAUUCAAUUUGUUUCUGUGGCACAGAUUUGAAAUCAUUUCGAAAAAAAUUUAUCUCAACUUCUGAACAAAAUUUACCAAGACUAGAACAAAUGGGAACUAACGAAGAGAAGCCGAAAAUCAUGGCUUGCGAUUUUGAGAUCAACGGCAACGUGAAGAAGGAGGCAUUCGAGCUUUUUGCCGCCGCUCAGGCAAAGAUCUUGGGCUUACGUGGCUAUAUAAUGAAGGUCGCUGACGACAAGUACAAUGGCCAGCUAGAGGGUGAAGGCAAGGUGAUCGAGAAAUUCCAAACCCUUAUCAAGAGCGCAGCUGAAUAUGUUUCUGCCAUCAAGGACUUCAUCAUAAAGAACAUGAAGGUCAUUCAAGAAUAUACCUAUUCGACCUUUGAGGUCAAGACCUAAACCGACAUCUGAUUAAUAUGCCAAUAACUUGGCUAUUAUCUAAUGUAUUUUAUUCAAAUUGUAUCGCCCAAAGUGAAUAUUUCCUGUAACUUUAUGUAGCCUAUGUGGGUCAUGAAAUGUGACCUGAUAAGAUAUGCCUGUAUAAACGUUGUCUUGGUCACAUUAAAGCACAUUCUAUUCUCUGUCAUCA